AUGAUGCGAGCGGCUUAUUUGCUGGCUCUGACUUCGGUUAUUUUUGCCGAAGUCCCGACGGAGGAAGAGCGACAAAGAAUUGUAGAAUUGCAUGCACAAAUACGCGAAUCGGUCGAACCGCCGGCAAGGUUCAUGAUGAUGAUUAUGGUGUGGGCGCCAGCGACUGCGUUUGGGUGCGCACAAAAGCAGUGCAGCAAUGAGGCUGAUUCCUCAAAACACAUGUACCUCACGGCAUGCCUCUACUCGCCCGCGUAA